AUGGAUUGUGGGUUCUCCUUUGAAGUCCGCUCUGGCUCAGGCACUGUUUCCGACCCUUUUUUGGUGCAGUUCCCACCAGGGGAUCCUCGUAACCCAAUGUACUUUCUACCACGCAAGAAAUGGAUUAUCACAUCCAUCGUCACCCUGUCCGUCUUUGCUGUCGCCAUGACGUCUUCCGCAUACUCGGGAUCAUCCAACGAAAUCAAAGAAGCAUUAGCCAUCAGCUCCGAAGUGAAUGCGCUUGGGGUGUCUCUGUUUGUUCUAGGGUUUGCAAUCGGGCCAUGUCUAUGGGCGCCUCUAUCCGAGUUGUAUGGUCGACAGAUUCUGUUCACAACAACCUAUGCGCUCUUCACGGCCUGCGUCGCAGGUUCAGCUGGCUCCAACUCAGCAGCCACACUCUUGGCCCUCAGAUUUCUAGCCGGGACAUUCGGGGCCUCGCCUUUAACGAAUGCAGGGGGCGUCAUUGCGGAUAUCUUUCCGCCGUCCCAACGCGGCCUUGGGAUGGCCAUCUUUGCCACGGCACCCUUCCUUGGGCCAGUACUGGGCCCAAUGAUGGCAGGGUUCAUCAGCAUAAACGUUGGUUGGCGUUGGGUCCAGGGGGUCAUGGCAAUAUGUGCUGGUAUCCUCUGGAUUAUCGGCUCCAUGUCGCUGCCUGAGACAUACGCCCCGGUACUCCUCCAAAAACGGGCGCAGUAUCUGUCAAACACAAUGUCAAGUGCCUGUAUCAGCGUUCUGGAAAAGAAAAAAGGGAUAAUCAACCCGUCAGCUGUGUUUGUAAAUGCGCUGAAACGCCCAUGGGUUUUGCUCGUCGCGGAGCCGAUUGUAUUGAUCGCAUCAGCUUACAUGGCAAUUCUAUACGGCACUCUCUAUAUGAUGUUUGGUGCAUUUCCAAUUGUAUUUCAAGAGCAACGUGGGUGGAAUGCUGGUAUGGGAGGCCUUGCCUUCCUCGGAGUCACAGUUGGCAUGCUCGUGGGCUUGGGAUAUGCUAUUUGGGACAACAACCGAUACCAACGUCUGCAGGAUAAAUGGUACAAUGGCUCAAAGCCACCACCAGAAGCCCGUCUGCCACCUGCUAUUGUCGGAGGUUUUGCGCUUCCAGUCGGACUCUUCGGCUUCGCGUGGGCCAGUCUUCCAAGUAUGCAUUGGUCAUUCUGCAUAAUUGCGGCAGCACCGUUUGGUUUUGGUAUGGUUCUUGUCUUUAUCUCUUGUUUGAACUACUUGAUUGACGCCUAUACGGUCUACGCGGCCUCGGUACUCGCUGCAAGCGCGAUACUAAGGGCAUUUUUUGGUGCCGCGUUCCCAUUAUUUACACGACAGAUGUAUGCUAAUCUGGGUGUCCAAUGGGCUAGCUCUAUCCCUGGCUUCUUGACUCUAGCAUGCUUACCAUUCCCACUCCUGAUGUACAAGUAUGGGGGAGCGUUAAGAUUGAAGUGUAAAUAUGCAAAAGAAGCUGCACUGCUGACGGCUCAACUAGAAUGA